GUUCAAGGUCGUUGAAACGAAGAGGCGGGCACAUUCGAAAAGAUCUAACGUUUGAACCGUGCCGCCAUGUCGGGUAGGACUGCUCUGUUCGGAAGACCUCAGCAAUCUCAAACACGACAUUUACUGCAAUUCAAAGCAGGGAAAAUGACGAUUGGUGACGAUAAUUGGGUUCAUGCUGACCCUCGCAAGGGAUGGGUAUAUGUUUAUCAGUCCGGGGACGGAAAGUUACACUUUUGUUGGAUCGAUCGCAAAACGUUUCUUGUUGAAGAUAAUUUCGUCAUUAAUGCCAAACAGGCUGAGUUCCAAAAGAUUCCACAAUGUACAACGGGUAGAGUUUAUCUUCUUAAGUUCAAAGGUCCCAAACAUUUUUUCAUCUGGAUGCAAGAACCCAACGGAAAAAAUGAUAGUGAUAUUUGUUCAAGAAUAAACGACUACAUUAGGUCUCCACCUGCACAAACUACAACACUCUCAAGUGACUGGCUUAGUCGUUUUGAAAGUCUUAACCAACUUUCUCACAGCGAUAUUCUGGCUUUGUUGUCGAUGGGGGUAGGGCUUGGAAGUGGAUUAACUCCGGAAUCUGAUAUAUCAUCUGCUCAAGCGAAUGCUGUAACAAUCGGGCGUCAUUUAAAUACGGGACACCUAGAUGAAUCUAAUGUAUCUACAUCUGUCAUUGGGACUACCGCUACACCAUCUUCAGGAACUUCAUCCACUGGCGCUAACUCUCUACGCCCAUCUAAGACAACCGAUAAACGACUUGAAGCUGGGAAAAUACAACUUCAGGAUUUGAGAAAUAUCCUCUCAUCAAUCUCUACUGGAAUACGGAGUUCAUCAAAUGAUGCAAAGGUAGAAUUAAAUGAUGUCUUAAACGUAGAUAACUUACACUCACUUUUGAAUAAGCCGGAUAUUCAAGAAAGAUUGUUGCCUCAUCUUCCUCCUCUGGAUCCUGAAUCAACGAGUACAAAUGACUUGGAAAAUAUUACUGCAAACAUUCAGUCAUCUCAAUUCAAAACCACUUUGAAAUCCUUCUCAGCUGCUUUUCGAACAGGUGAACUUGCCCCGGUUUUGGCUCAAUUCAAUUUGGGUAUAAAAGCCGAUGAAGCUGCAAGACGAGGUGGUAAGUCUGUCAAAUGGUUUUUCUUGCCUGAACAAAUGAUCUAUACCAAUAUGAUUUUCCUGUAUGUAUCGUUUUAUACAUAA